CAUCUCAAACUUGCUACCACUCGUCCAUCGUGUUUCUUUAGAACUCUACUUGGCGAAGGCAAAAAUGUUAGGGAUCUUCCAGAAUGCCGUGGCCCAGGCGCCGGAGGAGCUCCACAGUCCGGCCAUACCGCCGAGCCCCGGCGCCAUUCUCCGGCAGCCGAAGAAACCAGAUGACAUACUAAAGGACUUCCACGCUGCCUACUCCAGCCACUCCUUCUCUGCUUCCUUCGCCGCUGGCGCCGCACUCGCCUUCGUUUCUGUCCACUCUCCUCGCACCUCCUCGCACCCAAGGUUGUUCUGUAGCUUCGAUGAUGUCUACUGCAUGUUCGUGGGGAGCCUAAACAACCUAAGCUCGCUCAUCCGGCAGUACGGGCUCUGCAGCAAGUCUACCAAUGAGGCGCUGCUGGUGAUCGAAGCCUACCGCACGCUGCGCGACCGCGGGCCCUACCCUGCGGAUCAGGUCGUCAAGGACCUCAGCGGCUCCUUCGCUUUCGUCGUCUACGACAACAAGGCCGGCACCGUAUUCGCCGCUCUGAGCUCAGAUGGAGGAGUGCCUUUGUUUUGGGGCGUUGCAGCUGAUGGAUCCGUGGUGAUCUGUGACGACCUGGACGUCGUCAAGGCGAGCUGCGGCAAAUCCUAUGCGCCAUUUCCAACUGGGUGCAUGUUCCACAGCGAGGGAGGGUUGAGGAGCUUCGAGCAUCCGUUGAACAAGCUGAAGGCGAUGCCGAGGGUGGACAGCGAGGGUGUGAUGUGCGGGGCGAGCUUCAAGGUGGACACUUACUCCCGGAUCAACUCCAUGCCUAGGGUUGGAAGCGCCGCGGACUGGACUUCAUGGGAAGGAUCUUGCUGAAAUACACCAGCAAACUCAGUGCUGCUUUCCUAAUCUAGUUUGUAUAAUGUACAGUGAAGGCGAUGUGUCGUGGAAUGCUGAUAAAUAAAAUUUUUUAACCAAAAA